AUGCCUCUUCCUAUUGAGGAGAGGAAGUUCAGCAGCAGCAGCAGCAACAACAAGACCAACUGUGUAUUUGUGGUGAACCGUCCGCAUGCUCUCAUCUGCUCCGCUGUGGCCUUCUACGUUCCCCUGGGCCUCAUGGUGCUGGCCUACCAGCGCAUCUACAUCACCGCCAUGGGCCACGCGCGGCAGAUCGGCACGCUGCAGCGGGCAGGCUCCGCCCACUACUCGGCGCCCCCCCAUCACUACCUCAGCUCCGAGCAGCAGGGCUCCAGUCGCAUGCGCAUAGAGACCAAAGCUGCCAAGACCCUGGCUGUCAUCAUGGGCUGCUUCUGUCUCUGCUGGGCCCCAUUCUUCAUUACCAACGUGGUGGACCCCUUCAUCCACUACAGUGUGCCCUGGCAGAUGUGGACCGCCUGGCUGUGGCUUGGCUAUAUUAACUCUGGCCUUAACCCCUUUCUCUACGCCUUCCUGAACAGGGCCUUCAGACGGGCCUUCCUCAUGGUACUGUGUUGUGGUGGUGAGAGAUACGUACGCCAGGGGAGCUACGGCCCCACCAGACGCUACUCUGGAUCUGUCAAUGGGACCUCCGUCGCACUCAGAUUAUCCUUCCUUCCCAACCAAAGCCACAGUGAACAGCAGAAAGAUUUUAUCCAAUGAGGUAGGAUCUCAAGACUCCAUGGGUGGACUAUAGCCCAGAGAAAUAAUGGUGUUAACCUGCUUGUCUCACACAAGUCGAACAAGUGAAAUACAGUAGGUAUUAAUGGGGACGUAUGGUCACGACAUUGAGAUUCUGAGCUGAAGGACUUGAGAGGACUGCAGUCUGAUUAUUGAAUUAGCAGGUCAAGGUUUAUGGAAUUUGAUGCAAAAAAAAGCACUGUCCAGUCGAGCCCCCCCCCCAAGUGAAGACUCAGACAAUGAAGAUACAGGAAGAGAUCAAAAGCUAGUGUGCCUGUGGAAUGACUCAGCAUUGUGCCAAGAUUGUUUGUGAUUGAUGUUCUAAGAGUCCCUAUGAAGUUAAAAGCUAUUGUACAUGUAAGCAGUUGUGUGGACUGGGGUCACUCCCAUUCCUGCUAGUGACCUGUGUGUUAAGGACAACUACGUUUAAAUAUGUCAAUCAACUUAGCAUUACAUUAUCUUUUGACAAAUAUUUCAUGUAUAUAUGUAUGUUUUGCAUAGUUGGGAUGUACCAAUCAUGUAAUUUGGCAACUAAAAAUGUGCUUCUGAAUGUCUAAAAUUCUUUCCCACUGGAUCAGGGUCAGUUUAAUCUAGCCUUAGAUUUGUAAUCAUGCAGCCUAGACAACGUGACGGGCUUCAAUGGAGACAGUUGAAUAGCAAACAGCUUUAAUUGUGUAAUACUGUGUUGCCUUGAAAGCAUUUAAACGUUCUUGACCAUCAUGCCAUUGUUUGAGUGAGGCAAUUAUACAGCCAAAAAUCCUCUUCUCCAUGUUCAUAAAUGACUAACUUGAUUAUCCAUGACAAUUACAUGGUUUCUACAAUCCCACUCGUCGGUCAACGGUAAAGGAGUGUUUUGGCUCAAGGUCAAUGAAACAAUCCAGGAUUGAUGGAGCAGAAGAGGAAUAUCAUUAAUUCUCUAUAACCAUUCAAGUUUACAGGGUCUGAAUCAAUCUUAGGACUUUGGCUCUAAACCAACAUUCCCUAUCAUGAAUAAAGCCAAACUCUCCCAUGCCAUCAUUUCAUGUGUAGAUAAAAGUUAAAACACUGCCAUGUAGCUCGGUUGAUAGAGCAUGGUGCUUGCAAUGCCAUGGUUGUGGAGUUCAAAUCCACAACCAGUAUGAAAAUGCAUGCACUACUGUAAUUAAAAGACAGGUGACAUUUAUUAAUAGGUAUACAAGAAACAGUAAAAUUCACAUGUUGACACAAGGACAAAACGGUGUGUGUGCAGAAGAAACAAAUGAGAAGUAGCAUUACAAGAAAGAAGUAUUUACAAACAGAAAUAUUUAUAAAAAUUUAAAUUGAAAAAAAAAA